UUUUUUAUUGUAUUGAAAUUCACAUAUUUAAAAGAAAAAUGUGUUGGAUAUAUUUACUUAUAUAUAUUAGUUGAGUGUGUAUUAAUAUUACUGUGAAGUUUGUGCAAGUACUCGAGCUGUGAUUGCAGUCACCCGAUAAGCUGAUCAGAUGUAACUGGGUCAAGCUAACACAUUGCUGAAAAGGUGGUGAAAAAUGAUUUACGACUUUUGAAAAGGGAUUCAAAUUAGAAUUAAUUAAUUAAUGUACUUCGGAGACGAGUGUCAUGACUGGAUUCUGGUUGGAUUUAGGACAGAUCAUGCCUUUCCAUUCACAGUGCAUGUGAAUGGUGAAAGGUAUUGACAGAAGUUGUUUAACAAAAUGACUCAGAAUGUGUUCUGCGUGGAGUAGAAUUAUUUUUUAAUUUCUACUGACUCCAACGUAGAGACAAAAGUCACUACUACCUUUUCCAUGAGAAAAACCUUCCCAUGCCCAAAGAACAACAACUGGCCCACCCACCCCAGGAAGAAACAAACGGCUUGUCAGGCGCACACCCUCCUUCAUUGGCGUUUUGAUGAUAGCCCCAUGACACCUCCAAAGGCGUCCCAGGCGUGUGCCCCCUCUGCUUUGAGCCCAGCAAGGGUCUUUGUGAUUGAUCCCUAGCCACUGGCUGCUUCUUUCAGCCGCUUCAAAGACUUAUCUUACUGCCAGUCCAUGAAGGCCCAGGUCUUUCAUGAACCUGGUAGUAGAGGAAGCCACAAAGUCUCUGCAUCCUACUUCAGCUGGAUAGACCUUGGCCUUCCAUCUUUCUUGUUGCUGUGCAUCUGCUGCCAGAUCUGUGUAGCUCACUUUCUUUUCUUUGUAGGCCUCUUUGUUUGGAUCCUCCCAUGAAACUGGGCAUCAAGGCAUCUUUUCCUUUGUUAGCAGGGGCAUAAAGGCGUCUGGAAAAUUCUGCUUUUCCUUCGUUGCAAAGCAAGCUGUCAUACGCCGCAUAUUCCCGAUGUUUCCACCUUAACAGCCUUUUCCCGUCACUGCCAGCUGAAGUGGACCGCCUGAGAGCGUUUAUCUCACUGUGUCGGAAAUGUUGGAGGUCACCAAUUCCACAGGGAGCCAUUUGCUUGGAAUAUGGCUACUCGGUAUUCACUGUUUGAUUAUGUCCGCGUGGAAUGGUCGGCGGCUCGUGUCGUGGGUCGUGUCCACCUCAGUAUGGGAACUUCAGGGUCCAAAAGGAAGAACCUGAGGACUGAUGCCGUUUCUUCCGUGGCCGCUAAAGUUCGGGCAGCCAGAGCGUUUGGCGAAUACGUGUCCAAUACCAAUCCGGAGAACCGCAACAGAUCAGAUCAACUAUUGUCUGACUCCUUCCGUACCCAAGACUGUGACUCUCCAGGCCCUCUCAGUUGCUUGCAUAACAACAAUCUGCCGCCACAGAGUCGCUCUUUGCCCGCAACCAAGUCCAGCAAGACUGAGCACCCCGAUCGCAGUGAUCAGAUCCAAUCCCAGCCUCAGGCAAAACCACUCCAAACUCAGGCGCCUUUAGGCCCAUCAAAGCGUAGACUCUCUGCUGCACGCAGCCUCUCCACAGAGAACCCACCCGGCGCUCCAGACCCAGAGGGGCGUGGGGCGGGUAAGCCAGCCAGGGUGUACACCAUCACAAAAGAGGUCAGAAUGACUCUGGGCCCCGGAAGCGAUGAAAGCCUGGAACUGGACAUCCUGAAGAGCAGCAAGGAUGAUGCAUUAUCCCAAACCCAAAACCAUAAGCCGUCUUUCGCCAACCAGCAAAUAUUGUCAUCGGUUCGUGGUAGCCAUCACCGCGGCAACCACCACCACUCCCACAAGCAUCGUGAAGGUCCUUUGUCGUCCUCUCAGUCACUGCAGAAUUCUGACAUCUCCAUUAAUACCCGAGACUUGGGGAUGAUGAGCAAAGGGGGUUCAGACAGUGGCGCCUGCAUUCAUGCUCCAUGUCAAAGCCAGCGCUCCCUCGACCUGGAUACCUCGCCAUGGACCGGAGGGAAGCACCUCAAGAAACUGGAGAGGAUGUACAGUGAAGACGGAGCAUCCACUGGUGAAAAGGAUGAUCACCCUAACAGCUGGUUCCCCAAAGAGAACAUGUUCAGCUUUCAGACCGCCACCACCACCAUGCAGGCGGCUUUCCGAGGCAUUGCGGAGAAAAAGAGGCGGAAAAGAGAGCAGGAGGCAGCCACCGUGAUGGAGAGAAAUUUCCGCAAACACCUCCGGAUGGUGGGCAGCCGAAGGAUCAAGGUCCAGACAGCCUUUGUCGACCGCCGAGCCAAGAGUUUCAGCCGCUCGUGGAGUGACCCCACCCCCGUCAACCCGGAUUCGCUGCAUGACUCCAGAGACAGUGGUGAUCUCCAGACCUCCUCAGGGACCCUCAAUGAAGGGCUGGAUGAGGAUGCAGACUGGGCUGAUGAAAGACAGAUGGAGAGGAUAGCCUGUGAAGGCGAGGACUUCAUCCCGCCUAAAAUCAUCCUCAUCUCCUCCAAGGUUCCUAAGGCUGAAUAUGUUCCCAACAUUAUUCGUAGGGAUGACCCUUCCAUCAUUCCUAUUCUUUAUGACCAUGAACAUGCCACUUUUGAUGACAUCCUUGAGGAGAUUGAGAAGAAGCUGACUGCCUACAGAAAAGGCUGUAAGAUUUGGAACAUGCUCAUUUUCUGCCAGGGAGGACCAGGCCAUCUCUAUUUGUUGAAGAACAAAGUUGCCACCUUCGCCAAAGUGGAGAAGGAGGAAGACAUGAUCCAUUUCUGGCGGCGGCUCGGCAGGCUGAUGAGCAAGCUGAACCCCGAGCCCAACCUCAUCCACAUCAUGGGCUGCUACGUGCUGGGGAGUGCAAAUGGAGAAAAGUUGAUUCAGACUCUGAAGAGGCUGAUGAGACCUUCCUGCGUGGAGUUCAAGUCCCCACUAGAACUGUCCGCACAGGGCAAAGAGAUGAUUGAGAUGUAUUUCAACUUCCGCUUAUUUCGUCUGUGGAAAAGCCGUCAGCAUUCCAAAAUGAUGGACUACGACGACCUGCUGUGACGACACAACGCCGUGUUGGCCUGGCGGCCAGUAAAUAUCACACCUGAGCCUCCGUGCACUUCCGUGUAGGCGUUGCUUGAUGGCGUCUGGAAAAAUGUGGCGAGAGCAGCCCGGCGGAAGAGCCGGGUCUGUGGUGGCGGCGUUUGGACUUUUUGCCCUCGUCUGAAGUGACAGCGCGGGUCCUGUGGGUGGCGCUGUAGUGGCGGGAGCCAGCGGGAGCCUGAACGCGUCAGAUGACGCUAACUCCCGAGGAACGAGGAACGCCGGAGAGGCUUGACUGCUUUGUAGUGUAAAUAUUCCUAUUGGUGCGUUAGAGAAUAGGUUUCCAGCAUCUAUUGGCGCUGGUUUAUUAAAUCAAUAUUCAUCGGUCCUUUAAGAAUCCAUCUAUCUAACACUGAUUUUUAUAAUCACUUAUUUAAGACUCUUGAUGUAUUAACUCAGGAUAAAGCCAUUGUUGGAGAGUUAGCUGCACUGUUUAUGGCCUAGCAUAGUAUAGCAUACGUAAAUACGUAACAUAACAUACUGUGGAUCAGGCUUUUGGAAGUAUGACAGUUCAAAGCAUAUUUUGUGGUGUUUUUUUUUAUUUCUUUACUAACCAUCGGAACUAUAUUCAAGUUAGCUUAGCAGGGUUUCUUUAUUUUUCUCAAGCUGCCUUGCUUCCCCCAAAGUCCUCUGAGCCUCACACCUUGAACCCCCCCCCCGCUGGUGAUCACAAGUGAAGGCUGCAAUGGAAGUGGGCGGUACCGCAUAUGUGGGUAUGCAUGUGAUACCGAUAAGAGUUUAAAUAGAUUUUACACAAUUUUACAGGAAUAAAAUGUUAAUAUUGUGAGGAAAAUGUCAUUUUAGCAGCAUAUAGUUGAACUAUUAAAGACAAAAGAUGUCGUUUUUAGAGUCAUAAUAGUAUGAGAAACAAACCUUUUUUAGUAGCAUAAAAUUGAAAUAUUAAAGAAGAAAGUUGCGAUAUUAUGAGACAACUGUUUCAUUUUGAAAAACACAAAAAUCUGUAAUUUUACCAGAAUAAAGUGAAAAUAUUAAGCGAAAAAGUCACAAUUUCACAGGAAUAAAAUGUUAAUAUUAUGAGGAAAAUAAUGUCAUUUUAGCAGCAUAUAGUUGAAAUAUUAAAGACAAAAGAUGUAGAUUUAGAGUCAUAAAAGGAUGAGAAUAAAGUGAAUAUAUUAUGGGAAUAAAGUCAGAAUAUUCUGAAAAAAAAAUUAAUUAGGAGGAAAGUUUAAAUAAUUUGAUUUUUUUAAAUAAUCAAAAAUUGGCGAAAAAGAUGAAAGUAUAUUUUUAUAGUUUUUUUUAUUUCUUUACUAACCAUCGGAACUAUAUUCAAGUUAGCUUAGCAGGGUUUCUUUAUUUUUCUCAAGCUGCCUUGCUUCCCCCAAAGUCCUCUGAGCCUCACACCUUGAACCCCCCCCCCCCGCUGGUGAUCACAAGUGAAGGCUGCAAUGGAAGUGGGCGGUACCGCAUGUGAUACCGAUAGAGUUUAAAUAGAGUUUAUUGAUCCACAAGGGAAACUGUUUGGUCACCGUAGCUUGAUGCAUUGCAAUAUGAAUCAAAUAUAAUAAGAUGAAAAGAAUAUAUAUAUAUAUAAAGAAGUAUUGCAUAUAUUAUCUUUGACAGGUGAAGUAUUGUUGUGUGGAAUGAAUGAAUGAAUACCUGUAGCGUUCACUGUGGGAACGGAACCUGUGGGCGGGUGGGGGUCGUCCAUCAUGGAGAGGAAUUUGUCCAGUGUCCUCCUGUCCCUCACUGUAAUCAUAAUAAUAAUAAUAAUAUUAAUAAUAGAAUACAAUAUAAUCAGAAUAAAAGGUUUGGAUCAACAAUGUAUUUGUGUACAAUAAAUAAAUACAGCAAUAUAAGACAAUGUAACAAUAUCAACAAUACAUUGUUGAUAUGACCCCCCCACCCCCUGGUCAUGUGACACGUUUGACCCUGCUGAGUCAGCACAAACCUUCUUUCUUGAGCUGUUGGCUCACAGGUCGUUUUUGUGUACGUUUGCAUAUUGAGGUGUCAAAAUGUGCUCAUCAGCAACUCAGGGGUGUCCAAACCAUGCUGGGUGUCCCAGUGUAGGUUGCGUACAGACAAUAAUUGGAGGUUUUCACCUUCUUUAUCAAAAUGUUUUUCCAUUGGCCCCAUGGAUAAUUAUUUUGCAGCUGUACUCAAUUUUAAAAAAAUGGCGUCAGUAGAUCAGGAACUUGUAGUGGCUUGGUUUAGACACUGUCGGACUAAAACCGAAUCACCUGAAAACCCAGACAGUGCAUGAAAUAUUUGUGAAAAUUUUGGACGUAAAUUUUUUUUGGCCAAAAAUUGAACCAUAUGAAAACCGAGAUGUAGGAAAAUGGACAAAUUUUUUGCCAAAGUUUGGUUAAAAAUUAAUCUUACGAAAACCGAACAUUUUUAACGAGUCAUACAAAAACUGAGACGUUGUAUGAAAACCUAAAUCAAAUUUUUGACAAAAACUGAGACAUUGUAUGAAAACCUAAACCAAAUUUUUGACAAAAACUGUAUGAAAAUCAGAAAUAAAUUUGAGUGAAAAACAAAUAAAAAACAAAGACAAUGUAGGAAAACAAACACAAAAUUUGAGUGAACAAUAACAAUAUGAAGACAAUAUUUUAGCAAAAAUGUUCAAUGACAAGCGAAUCAGACAAAAACCAAGGCAAUUUAUGAAAACAGACUAAAGUUAAGUAAACAUUUCCAGGACAAACCGAGUCGUACAAAACUCUGGAACGUGUACAAAAUCCAAGAAAAAAAUUUGAUCACAUAUUUACGUCAAGCACUGAAUCAUUUGAAAACCAAGAAAAAAUUUUGCGAAAAUUUUCAGCAAAAAACAUCAUACAAAAUCAAUUAAUCAUCCAAUGGACAAAAACAAACAACAUUUUUUUUUGGAAAAAAAUCCUAUUUUUUUCCUCCCUUUUUCCUAAAAAAUGUAUACAAAAAAUUCUAGAUAAAAACCGAAUUAUACCAAAACAAAGGUUUGAUUCUAGCAUCUAUGAAUAAUCAAUAUACCACAUUCUCAUAAUAACAAAUUAGCUGUGCCCAAAAUGGACCCUCUAGUGGUACAAUGCUUCAUAAUAAUGUUGACUCCUCUCUGCUAUCAAUUCCGUUUGCCAACACAAUCCCUGUGUAUAUUUGAACACAUUCUUGUGUUAUUUCCUUGAUUAGGUUCCGUUUACAUGUGUUGAAAAGUCCAUAUAUGUAAGUAACACUUCGAUGUAGCACAACUGCUGCUUUUAUUGUGCAAUAAGUGUAGCGUCAGCCCUGAGGGAGUGAUACAUAGUACAUAUUCUAUUCUUGUUGGCUGUAUUAGGACGAGGCGUUGGGCUGGAGUCUAUCCCAGCUGACCAUAUACUGUAUAAUAAUGACCCCGUGUUUUUCCACAUACUUUGAAUGUGCGUGUACACAUAAUAUGAACGUGGGAAAGUCUUCCGAGGUGCUUUACUACUCUGCUUUCUCCAAUUGAGGCAACACAUUUCAUUUCGUUUUGGUUUUUACGGAUCUUUGUCUCUGUCUCUUUAAAUAAAGCUAGCAUAAAAGCUAGCUGGGGAUCAAAUACUUAUUUCCCGCACUUUAUCGUGCUCCGUUGUGAAAUGUUUCAGAACACAAUACAAUGAAGGUGUUUUUCCGGUAAUUAUUCUGUUAACGGCAAUAUAUGCGAGAACAAUACGUUGUUGUACAAUCUAUUAAAAACACACAGCUGGUGUAUUGAAUUCACGGGAAAUGACGUCAGCGUGUAUUUCGUGUAUUUUGUGCAAUGUCACACAGGAAAUUGAUCUUGUAUCAAUCUUAUGUAUACAACUGUUCCCAUGCUUCAGGACUGUUGUUUUUUUACCCUUAAUUCUUUGUGGAUACCUUCUUCAUGUUGAUAUUCCUGUUUAAAAAUACAUGUUGACAAUUAAACUCCAUAGAACUUUAUUCCAUGGACACAUACGGCGUGUCGCCUUCAUUCUGGGCACGAGAACGUUCUCUAAAUGUGACUUUUAUCAUUAUUAGAGCACUUUAGAUAUGAGAUAACAUCGAUAUAAUCACAUUUACACCCAAUAUAAAAGAAAUAAUAACAGAAAAUAGGACAUUAUAUGUAUAGACUCACGCGUUAGCAUUUGGAUAAUUACUUCCUGUUCUUUUCUGUACUUCCUGUUAUGGGCUUCCUGUGGCGGGAAUUUUCUCUUUAAUGUAUUACUGACCCCUAGUGACCACAGUGGGAUACUACCUUCUACUUGUAUUCGUAUUUUAGUUCAUUUUUAAUUUAGGCAAACAAUACGUCAAAUGUGACUAAUAAUAGGCCAUAUUCAACCACAAAACAACAUGAUUAAUACAUAUUAUUUUCAUACAUAUAUUAUUUUUUUAAUAAAAAGAUUUCAUUUAAAUAUUUAAAUGUUAUUUUUCUUCUAAAUUUAAAAUAUUUUAUUGUAUGUUUUCUAACUUUGAAAUCAUACAGCAAAAUCAAAGGAUGCAGGGGCCAUGUUGAUUUUGUAGAGGAAAAAAGACAAUAUAGACAAACUAAACAAAAAUAGACAAUGUCCGCGUUGUGUUAUAUAAUAAGGAACAUUAUUAUUGGCGUAUACUUUUUCAUAACAUUACACAUUUGUGCUAAUUUUUUUUUUGCUAUAGAUUUUUUUAAAUUUAAUUCAUUUUCUACCGCUUAUCUUCACUAGGGUCACAGGGGUGCUGGAGCCUAUCCCAGCUGUCUUGGGGCGAGAGGCGGGGUACACCCUGGACUGGUGACCAGCCAAUCCCAGGGCACAUAUAGACAAACAACCAUUCACACUCACAUUCAUACCUAUGGACAAUUUGGAGUCGCUAAUUAAGCUAGCAUGUUUUUGGAAUGUGGGAGGAAACCGGAGUACCCGGAGAAAACCCACACAAGCACGUGGAUGGAGCCCGAGGGUGGAAUUGAACUCAGUUCUCCUAGCUGUGUGGCCUGCGUGCUAACCACUCAGUUUUUUUUAAUUUUACAAAUAAGAUAAAACAAAUAUCUAUUUUGUAUUUUUCACAUAUCCGAGAAGACUGCAUGGCCAAGAUGGAUGAGCGGAUGCUAGAUUGACUGUUACUCUCUUAAGUCCUGUACUUGUGAGGUUAAGAUGUUACAACUCCUCUGGUCUCAAUAAUAUACUACACUACUUUUACCACAAAUCAAUCCUCCUCUUUCACUAAGAAACACUAACAACUCAUAAUGACACAAACUAAAUAUUAAACAGUGGAAAAAUGCAUGCAAAAUUGUUAAGAUGAUGAUCUUCUCUAAAAACGACUUAAAUAACUUGUGAAAGUCCAGUCUUUGGGGGGGCCAAAGUGAGUCAGUGAAACUGAAGUCUUGCGUAGAAACUGGAGUCAGAUUGUGUGUAUUAAAACAGAGAUGAUGAGGAAUGGAAGGCAACAUGAAUUUAUGAAGUCAAUCACACAAACAGGCUGCCAGUGUACAAAUUUGUUUUGUUUUUGUCUUCUCAAGGCUUGAGAUUUGCUGCAGUUUGACGUUGGGAUUCUCAUGAGAAGGGUGUGUUCGAACAAAAAGUACAGUCAUUGUUUGGAGAUAUGAUUCAUGUUCUAAUGUUUGCACUGUAUCAGUCGGUACACUUUAAAACAUUCAAGUUCAGGUAUGAGGUACAGUAGCCAUUGCUGGAUUACGUUCAUGCUAUGUAUCUUCAACUGUGGAUUUGCUAAUUAAAACACCAAAUAAAACAGUAUUCCACUGAUUCCACGCUUCCAUUCGUUAGUGUCCUUCCCUGCAGGAGAACAAAGUCCACGCAGCUUCCGCAGCAGCAUCAUGACCUCCAGAACGCCACACUCAGCUGACCUUUGGGUGGACUGAUGUGUCGUUCCUGUAGUG